AUGAAGUCUAUCAACGGUCUCUACAUGCUUGGUCUCCUUGCAAGCCUGUCUAUUGCAGCUCCAGCUGCCUCUACCAACUCGAUUGCCCGAAGUAAGCAAUCGAGCGACGACUAUUCCAGCGCCCCAGAGCCUCUUCAGUGGAUAAAGCGCGAUGAGGACCAGAAGGCCGAGCCUCUACAGUGGAUCAAGCGUGAUGAGGACCAGAAGGCUGAGCCUCUCCAGUGGAUUUGA